AUGCCGCUUUCAGAUCUUUGGCGUGCGGAGGAUGACGGAUCAGAGGAUCCGGAGGCAGAAAAUGAAAUUUUGAAGAACCGGGUGAGGACCGAAGCCGCCCGAUCAGGGGCCAGACUUGCCAGGGAGAAACGAAAAUCUACUGCUGCCAAGUCUGUCGAGUCAGAUGGCAAAGAGAACAUGUUUGCCCGCCGCUUGCAAAAGGAAUACCUGUCGCACGCAGGCAGGAGCCUGACGCUUGGUCAAAGACCAUUUUCUGACAAGGAUUCCCAAGUUGAGGUGGGUGCAAAGCAGCAGGUUGCUCGUGAACGGGCUCGCUGUGCAUGGAGUCUUUUGAAGGCUUUGGGCACAAUGGUCCAAAAUCUGCUGCAGCCAUCCGGCAAGGCUGCCCGUCACCUUGUGAAUGUUUGCACGGCCGAUGACACAAGCACUGCUCUGAAGCCAGCCAUGGGAGACCGCAAUGUGGUCUGCACAAUCAUGAACACGGUAGAGUCGGCUUUGAUUCGAUAUGAUGAUGGGUCGUGGGAAUGUAUGUACAUCCCAACUCCGCUGCAGGUUUUGAACACGUCCACUGCUUCUUCAAUACAUGCCUCGUUUGCUUCCUGGUUGCUUGUGUCUUCAAGUGGCGUGGGGUUUCGUUGGUUGAGCCUUGGUGUUCAGAACAAUGUUCUGCAAUCAGUCGAAUGGAAAAGUUGCAUCAUGGUCGGUGAUGCCUUGAAAGCAAACGCCUGCGCAUGGAAGGCUGAAACCAAGCUGCUCCUAUCAGAUUCUGCUCUUCCCAAGACGCUCGGGUUGCGUGUGAAGUGCUCCCUACAUCAGCUGGGGCUUAUUCGCAAACCAGCAGUUCUCAGUGUGUCGUCAUACUGGACAACACUGGUACGACUAGGUCAUCUCUACGAGACGCACAGUAUUCCGGUCUUCGAAUACCCAGAUGAGAUGGCUCAGUGGGAUCGCCGCGCCCGCUGGUUGCAAGCGGGCUUCAAGUGCACUGCAAGCAAGACUUGGAGCGCCAUGCUGAAUGACAUGAUGCAGUUCGUCAAUGGAGACUCCACCGAAACAACUUUGCACCAUUACUGCAAAGUCGGGGUGGGGGGCGCUCCAAGUUGCUGCGAUUCAGACGAGGAAUCUGUAUGCAAACUCCUGUCGCACCUAGUGCCAUUUUGGUGCAGAGGCUAUCAAACCCCUUUGUUGUACAGGAUGAAGCAUUACGGCCCUGCAUCAAGUUUCAUGAAGCUGGGCUGCUGCUGGUUCAACUUUCUACCGCAGGCUCUGGGCUACAUGGAAGCUUCCCGCCAGGGCAGCGAUUCGGAAAUAGGGCGCCUUGUGGACACAUUUCUUGCGGAUAGUGGUGGAGCCUUUCCCGCAGGGGCUGACUUUGAACGUCUUUUGGCCGAUGUUAUGGAUUCAGACGAGAGCUUCGCAGCAAAGAAUGGGGCUCGACGCGGCAUGGUGGUCCAGGAGGUUGUGAAACCUGACUUUGCGCAGUCUUCCAUACUCAUUGAUUCCGUGAUCAAUCCUAUGGAGUUCGGGGUGAACUUUCUGCUGGGGCAUUCGAAGGUGCUGCACAAUCUUUCGUAUGUCGGCCGUGGGCACCCAGAUCAUGAGAAAUUGAAAAAAGAUGCCAAUGACAGGUUUCUGCAAGUUGUGACGGGCCGGCUUGGCGAGAGGAUCAUUUCCCAGUAUAUUGGCUUCCUUGAGACUGGUUUGGAUGAAACCGUUCAGAUGGGCGGCUUGAACAUGAAUGAAGCAUCUUUGGCCAAAAUCAUUGUGCUUGUCUUGGUUUGCAUUUCAGAUGUUUACAGGCGAUUCAUUGCAGAGUUCAGUGUUCCCCCAUGGACACUUUUCACACUGCUUGGACAGUCAACUGCUGACUUUCUCACUUCAUGGAGGGAUCUGGAAGCCAAAGACAGAAAGUGCAAAGCAUGCGUCGACCCACAAAUGACACGCAAAUUGCUUCAAAGUUUCCCUGACCUUGCUUCGAAGCCUGCUGAUUUCCAAGAACGCACUUGCCAGGAAAUCCAAGGCAUUUUGCAGGACAUCAGCGAAAUUGCUCCGACUGGUUCUGACUCUGUGGAACUGAAGAAUGGCCAAGUCCAGUGGUCCGCUUCUAAAAGAGGGCGGCAGAAUGUCAAGGGCCCGAAAAGUCGUACAGAGGUUUCUCUCUUGCACGCUGCAACAAAGAGCUAUCUUUGGGCAAAGGAUAUUGCUGGUGCCCAGACACUGCCCAGCAAAGCGGUUUCUUCAGGUAUCAGGAAGAUGGCUGGAUGGAACGUGUUCCAGCGGGACCGGAUGCAGAAUCAAACUUUUAGCCAAGAUGAUUACAAAGCAAGAGUUCGUGAACUGAGUGCUGAGUGGAAGCGGAUGCCCGACGAAGAGAAGGCAGCUUUCCAGAUAGAAGCCAAUUACCAACAAGGUCUUCUUGAUGAUUUGGCACAGACACCACUCCCCACGAAAGACCACACAGACGAGAAGAAGGAGAAUGUUUGGAGAAAUGGUGCGAAAAAAUUGUCGGCACGGCGGCUAGAGUUGAACACCGAAGCCUUUCAGCAACACCCGCUCUGGAGCUUGCCUUCUCAAUUUGCGGACAGUUUCGGGGCUGUGAAGGAGGCGUGGAUUGAUGUUCUGUCAGACGACAAGGACAUCGCAGUCAAUUUGGGAGAAACUCUUCAUCAAGCACUGGAUGAACGACCCAAAGGCGAGGUUGACACUGAUGCUUACCUUUUGGGAGUCAUGUUGAAGAAGCCUUGCAUGCAGAUAUUAGUUGAAGCAGCUGUCAUAGAAGAGGCUGCCCAUGGAAUCAGUGAAAUUCAGCUGUGUUCCGGCACUGGCAUCCCGAAGUUCCGAUAUUCACAUGAAAUUUUCCAUGAGUUUUGCAAAGGCAAUCUUUCUUCCACCCUACCAGACUUGACGGUCACAGUGGAAGCAUGGACCUGCGAGGCUUUUUUUGGCGAACAGCGCCAAGUCAAGAUCAGAUCUGGCAUGUUGAUUUCCGCAUUUGAAGUAACCGUCCGGAAGCCAGUCACGAAGAAACCCAUCAACGUGAAAAUUCCGUUUGGGCUGUCAAUCCCUAAAGGCAAAAAGGUUCGAAAGGAGCACAAAGUAAAGAACAGUGUUGCAAAACAAAAGAAAGUGCAACAGUCAGAGUUUCCAAUGCCCGGCAUUGGGGCUGCUGCAGAGUCUUGCGGAGCGGAACCUGACUCAGGUUCCGACACAUUUUCAGAGGACUCAGGGGACGAGGUCGAAGUUGAGCAAGAGGCCGAGCAUGUGGUCCCCGCUUCUUCCACAGUUGCUCAAGAAGAGCUUCAGCUUGCGGAGUUAAAGCGUGAAAUGGAGGCCGUCGAUUCGAUCAGAGAUAAAGCUGCCGAACGGAUUCAGGCAGGCAAAAUCCCACCGAGCUCGUUUUUUUCUAAAGAAAUUGGCCUUGAUAGUGGGGGCAUUGCCGUUACUGGCCGUGCGGUGUGUUUAGCGUGCAAAAAGCCCAUCAUGAAAGGGUCAGUCAGAUUUUCAUGGUAUUACUCAAAGGUUCGACCACAUGGAUGGCUUCAUUCAUUCUGUCUUCUGCAGCAUGCCAAGCAGACAGAUGUAGAGCAGAAGACUGCUGAAAAGUUGCAGAAGAUGACACGGCUGAAAGCCGGUCAAAAUGAUCCAGGUGAAAAGGCGAUUGCAGAAGCAGCCGUGAACAUUUUGAAAGGGUUGGCUUGA